GUGAGUACGCAGGGAGAAGUUGGAAGGUUUAGUGGGAGAUGUCGCUAAAUAAGAACCACUCUGAGGGGGCUGGGAUCAUCGUCAGCAACGGGGAGAGUGUUCUCAGGCAGUGUAAAGAUGUGGAACUCUCCUUCAGCGAUAUGUCUCAAAAAUCAGAGGCAUUCAAAGGCACCAAAAAAGGAUCUCUAUUUCUCACCCCCUACAGGGUGAUCUUCCUAAGCAAGGGGAAGGACCCCAUGAUGUCUUUUAAUAUGCCAUUCUAUCUGAUGAAAGGAUGCUCUAUAGAACAGCCAGUGUUCUCUGCCAACUACAUCAAGGGAUCCAUCGGUGCUGAGCCUGAAGGUGGCUGGGUGGGUCAGGCCUCUUUCAAACUUACAUUUAAUAGUGGAGGUGCUAUUGAAUUUGGACAAGUCAUGUUCAAAAUGGCAACUUGUGCUUCCAGAGCCCCUCCUGUCCCUCAUGCCGUAUAUGGAUACAUUCCUGCACCAGGCGGGUACCCUCCAGCUCCAGGAAUAUAUUCAGCGCCACCCCAACCAUCAGGACCUUAUCCAUACGGACCCCCUGCUAUGAAUGGAUAUGGACCACCUCCAAAUCCAGUGGGAUACCCCUAUGCUCCACCACCAGGACCUGGUAUGUAUCCACCCCCUCCUGAAAUGAAUCCCAUGUACAUGGCUCCUCCACCACCUUAUCCUGGGCCCCCUUACAAUGGAACCCCAGCACCUUCAGCUCCCUCUGGGUGCAUGGAUGCUGGUAUGCCUGGAGGCAGCAAAGCUGCAGAAGCUGCAUCCAGUGCGUAUUAUAAUCCAGCCGACCCUCACAAUGUCUACAUGCCUAUGGACCGUCCACCUCCAUAUGCUCCGACUGAUGAUAAGAAGAACAACUAAACACAAAUUCCUGAGCCCACUGCAACAUAGCCUUUGUAUCUCUUGGCAGCUGGAUGUCUUGAUUUACAUCCACCUGGUGUAGCCCUAAGAAACCCUGACCAGCUUGAUAACCAUAGCACCCAGAUGUGACUUCCUGGUUCUGGUAACAGGUUGUUAGUAGUAAUACAUUUUAAAAAGUGUGUACAGCUAUUUAUGUAAAACAGCAGAUUAAUUUAUUUCAUCUAUAAACUGUUUUUUACUGGCAGUUUCUCUGAGAAUAAACUACAGAAUCCUUCACAAUUCAAGUCAA